AUGCCAACUGAACGUAAAUUUAAAGACCCCAGAGUCAUUUUUGUUCGCCAUGGUCAAACAGAAUGGUCAAAAAGUGGGCAACAUACUUCGAUUACCGACCUUGACUUGACUCCAUUUGGAGUGAUGCAAAUGCGAAAGACUGGUGAGUGCUUGAUAGGUUCGUCACCUACAAACAUGAUCAAACCACAUAACAUCACCAAGGUCUUCUCCAGUCCCAGACGUAGGACAAGACACACCACGGAGCUACUCUUGGAAGCUGUUCCAUCAGAGAUCAGAGAUAAGAUCCCCAUUGAGUUUGAUGACGACAUCAGAGAAUGGGAUUACGGUGAUUAUGAAGGUAAAAAGACAGCCGCAAUUAGACAAUCCAGAUUAGAGAGAGGUCUCGAUGCGUGUGAUCGUCCUUGGCUGAUUUGGAGAGAUGGGUGCGAGGGUGGUGAAAACUACAAACAAGUUACCGAGAGGGUUGAUAGAUUCAUUAAAAAAUUGAAACUGAUUCACAUAAAGGCAUUAGAGGAUUGCGAGCCCAGUGAUAUCGUUGUUGUUGCUCACGGCCACAUUUUGAGAUGUCUUGUGGCGCGUUGGGUAGAAGAGGAAAUUAAUCAUGAUCCUAAGUUGAUGUUGGAUGCCGGUGGUGUUGGUGUGUUGAGUUAUCAACACCAUAACAUCCACGAACCAUCCAUUUACUUGUCAGGUGCAUUCACAGUACCAGUGGAAGAGCAAGGUGCUGAUAUGUGA